AAAGACAAGUAAUACAGCAUAAAGAACCCACAGGCAUUUGGGCUUUCCCACUUCAGUAGCAAAUAGGGGGAAUUAUGGGUUGGUGGUCUGCUUCCCCUUAGGAGGACACCCCUCCAUCUGUUUUCAGUACAGCCUGUUUUCAAUUUAAACACAGAUUUCAAUACAAACCUCGAUUUCUUUACUCCAUUUUAUAUGCAAAGUGAGGUUUAUGAAUCGGUGUCAUUGCCAUAAGGGCUCAGACCAAAUUUCCCCCCAAAAUUCACAGGCUGUUCAUUUGAAUACCUGCUUACAGUGGUACACAAUGGGCAGCUUUGAGAAGAAAAAUUGAUAAUCUUCACGGAAGAGUAAUUUGAAUGAAAUUACACUUGACAGCCUGUCUCCAAGCAAACAAGGAGAGUGAGGGAGCCUUAGCUAAGCUCUGAGGACUUGCCUAAGCCUCUGCUGUUGGAGCUUCCCAGGGAAAAAAAAAUCCACACUUUUUCCUACAUCUGACUGAAGCUUUUGAUUAAUUCUCUGUAGCUGUUUCUAGUGAAGAAAGGUAGCCAUGGAAGAGAAUAUGGAAGAGGGACAAACACAGAAAGGAUGCUUCGAGUGUUGCAUCAAAUGCCUGGGAGGCAUUCCCUACGCAUCUUUGAUUGCUACCAUCCUGCUCUAUGCUGGAGUUGCACUGUUCUGUGGCUGUGGACAUGAAGCACUUUCAGGAACCGUCAACAUUCUGCAAACCUACUUUGAGAUGACAAGAUCUGCAGGAGAUGUUAUUGAUGCCUUUACCCUGAUUGACAUCUUCAAGUACGUGAUAUAUGGUGUAGCAGCUGCAUUCUUUGUAUAUGGCAUUCUGCUGAUGGUGGAGGGAUUCUUUACAACUGGUGCCAUCAAGGAUCUCUAUGGAGAUUUCAAAAUCACCACUUGUGGCAGAUGUGUGAGUGCCUGGUUUAUUAUGCUGACAUACAUCUUUAUGUUGGCCUGGCUUGGAGUUACAGCUUUCACUUCUCUGCCUGUUUACAUGUACUUCAAUCUGUGGACCAUUUGCCGAAAUGCCACCGUAGUGGAUGGAGCUAAUCUCUGCUUGGAUCUUCGCCAGUAUGGUAUUGUAACUGUUGGAGAGGAAAAGAAGGUUUGCACCUCAUCAGAAAGUUUCAUCAAGUUGUGUGACUCUAAUGAGCUAAAUAUGACAUUCCACUUGUUCAUUGUGGCACUUGCUGGAGCUGGAGCAGCAGUCAUUGCUAUGGUUCACUAUCUCAUGGUCUUGUCUGCCAACUGGGCCUAUGUGAAAGAUGCUUGCAGAAUGCAGAAAUAUGAGGAUAUUAAAUCAAAGGAGGAACAAGAGCUGCAUGAUAUUCAUUCUACUCGCUCUAAAGAGCGGCUCAAUGCUUAUACAUAAAAGAAACCUUGUCUUACUUCCUAACAUGUGAAUGCUUUGUUGUUUAACUAAAGGCCAUCCUAUCAUUUUAAAAACAAUUGAAAGUGCUUCUCACAAAAGAUAGUUUGGGUGACUUACAUAUCACCUACAUACAAUUCUUGGUUGUCUAGCACUUGGUUUCUUAAUUAGUUCUUACUUUGUGUGAUCAUUCUAUACCACAAAGCUCCUAAAUAGACUUUCCUGAAUCCCUUUAAGCUAAUUAGUUCUGAUAGGUCAAGGAUACUAAACUAUUGUCAAAUACAACUAUGUGUUUGAUUUUUUUAAUCACUUUGUAUGUGUUAUGCAUAACACCUUUUGCAUUGUUUCUUAUAUGUUUUUG